CCAACUCCAUCAGUCAAUAGCGUGCGGUGUUGGGAACAGGUUCUCAGUGGAAUAUUAUUUGAAGUUUAGCGAUUUUGUGCCGUUGAGUUGAGGCAAAGUUGUGAGUGAGCAUGGCAAAGUCAGCCUGGUUUGUACUAUGUGGCGUCCUGAUAGUGUUGACAGUGGUCAAUGGAUCACCGGUCGCGAAUCCCGAGUCGUCGGAAGAGUCGGAAGAGACGAAGGAAGCGCUGCGAGAGAUGCAGGAACUGUGCCGCAACAAUAGUGGUUCCGACCAGGCCUACACGAAUGUGGUGGAAGAGGUCACGAAAACUAUGGUUUGCUUCGCGAAAUUCGACUUCGAAACGUUCUUCGAGGACUUCGACCAGUUGUCCAACGAGACGCGUACCACAUUCUUUGACAACUACUGUCCAAAGCUUCGGUCGGCCGUUGCGUGCAAGAACGGGCUGAUCACGGCUGUAAGACCGUGCCUGGAUGAGGACGACUUCGGCAUUGUCGAGGGACUCGUGGGCAUCAUACCGGACGCGGUGGAGUUGUUGUGCAAAAAUAAUGGAGAGAUUGUUUUCAAACUGGAAGACGAAGACGUCCUGGAGUGCGCCAUAAAGUCGAUGGACCAGUUCAUGGAAUGUGGCAAUGCCGUCAUGAACAUGGCCGAAUCGUGGGAACUCUCCCAUCUGACGCAGGAACAGUGCGGGGUUGUAACCGAUUUGCGGAAGUGCUUUAAGGAGAAGCUGGCUGUUUGCAAGGCACCGGACCUAAUCAGCAUCUACGAUCUCUUCCACAACGCCCUGAUCCGUAUGACACCGUGCCGUAAUUACGUGGAACAGCCGAAAGUCACUAUGAUUGAUAACAACGCGAUUAACGAGGUCUAGGCGGACGAAUCGCAGGGGAAAGUCCCCCUAGUUGUUUGCAAGUGAGGCCAAGGUCGUAUGAUUCGCGUUCAGUGCAGUUUGUGGUGUAAUAAAAAUAUGUUUACUUUUGCACACCAAU